UGCACCCGGGCAGCGUCACAGACAAGGAGACUGAUGCCGGGGAGUUCAGUGUGUUUCAGGAAAAAUCGUUCUUUGCAGAGUCUUACUGAAUGUCGUUUUCCUUGCCGUCUUCGUCAUGGCUGAGAACAAACCCUACCGUUACGGGCUCAUCGUGCUCGGGCUGCUGGUGGUGGCCCUCGGCCUCUUCAUCAUGAGCGUAGAAGAGCCACAGGUGUUUGCCACUUUCUGUGCCAUGGGUGUACUCAUGGUGAGCGUGGGUACUGUGUGGAGUAUGUGCCAGUGCUAUCCCAAGGUGACUUUCAUUACUGGAAACCGGGAAGAUCUUUGCGUCACUGAGAAGGGGGGGUUGAUCUCUGUGACUGAGACUUCCAGGAGGAGUGGUUCAGAGCCAGUGAGGGCCCCACUGGUAAGCUUCCAGGAUGACAUGGACUUUGAGGGUGAUGAACGUUCUCCGCCUGGGCCAACCACCACGACUGGAAUUCAGGCAAACAUAGCACUCGCAGGCCAAGUCGCAGCCCUCAACACCACCUGCAGCUGUCCUACUCUUGACUUUUUACACACAAGCACCCCAUUGGCAAAGAUGGAUUCUGAGCCAGAGAUGUAUUAUGGGAAAGUGGAGGACUUGUGCCACUUUGAGUCAGACUUGGACAGCGAGUAACAUGUUUUUUUACUGGAGCUUGUUAAAAAACAGACGAAAGUUGAAUCACCUUACCUUCAGAUUAUUACAUAACAACCCUGUCAAGUAUUUUGUUUUGUUUCUAUUGAUUAAUUGAAUGCAUUUAUUAAUAUAAACCCUAUGACUGCAAAACAAAA